GCCCUGGCGCGCCACUGCUGCUCUCAUCCUGGCUCCCGGGGCGGUGACCCACCAGCGCAGACCAGCCGACCCUGUAGCGCUCACCAGCGCAGGGCGGAGGCGAGAUGGAGCCGGGCUCUUGCCCUUCCCAGAAUCAGGCCUGAGGACAAGAAGGGCUGUCCCCUGAACCGAGCCCGGGGGUGUGACCGUGAGGGUCUUCCAUCCUGACCGCGCACGGUCUUGUGACACGGGGCUUAGGAGGUGACCGCGACUUCCUGGUUUCCUUCAUUCGUCAGACUCUGGGUCUACUGUGGCCGCCUGAGGGCUGGGCUCUGGGACAGAAGGAAGACGCGAACCCUGCCUUCAGGCGCUCACGGCUUUUAUGAUAAUCCUUUAUUGCUGAAAUAUAACAUAAUAGAAGAAGCGCACCAGAGAGUACCACUGAAUUAUCCCCCAGAGAGCACCCCCAUGUAGCCACCUCCACGGGGCAAGAAAUGGAAGUGUUGCUUCUUAAUCUCCGCUGUGGCUGCACUUCCGUGUCCGCAGACGUGUGGGACAGGGACAGGGGGUGGAGGGGCGGAAGCCAACACGACCCCGGGCAGCAUCUGUGAUUCCCCUCAACAGGAGCCUGUUUUCUCAGAUGCUCCUCCAAGUCCCCAAGAAAACGGCAAUCCUCGCUAUCCCAUAAGACUUCAAAGAGAUUAGAAGUGAGGAGGAGACAAUCUAGGGUAAUGGCUCAGGCUUCACUUGCUUGUCUGGGGCCAAGAGGCAGGACAGAAAAGUCUGGAAGCCAGAAACGGAGGGAGCGGUCGUGGAAGACUACAACUCCCAUCAUGCUCCGGCGCAGCGACGCCUGCGCACCGAGCGCCGGUUGCCCAUGCGGCCCUAGGGCUAGGAGCGCCGCGCCGCGCUCCGCUGCGGGGGAGGCCAUGGCGGAACCUUCCCAGGCCUCGACCCCGGCUCCGGCCACGCAGCCCCGUCCCCUUCAGUCUCCAGCCCCUGCCCCACCUCCGACUCCUGCCCCCAGCCCGGCUUCAGCCCCGACUCCGGCUCCCACUCCGGCACCAGCCCCCGCGCCAGUUGCAGCCCCAGCCGGCAGCACAGGGACUGGGGGUCCCGGGGUAGGAAGUGGGGGGACCGGGAGCGGAGGGGAUCCGGCUCGACCUGGCCUGAGCCAGCAGCAGCGCGCCAGCCAGAGGAAGGCGCAAGUCCGGGGGCUGCCGCGCGCCAAGAAGCUUGAGAAGCUAGGGGUCUUCUCGGCUUGCAAGGCCAAUGAAACCUGCAAGUGUAAUGGCUGGAAAAACCCCAAGCCCCCCACUGCACCCCGCAUGGACCUGCAGCAGCCAGCUGCCAACCUGAGCGAGCUGUGCCGCAGCUGUGAGCACCCCUUGGCUGACCACGUGUCCCACCUGGAGAAUGUGUCAGAAGAUGAGAUUAACCGGCUGCUGGGUAUGGUGGUAGACGUGGAGAACCUGUUCAUGUCUGUUCACAAAGAGGAGGACACGGACACUAAGCAGGUCUAUUUCUACCUCUUCAAGCUCCUGCGGAAAUGCAUCCUGCAGAUGACCCGGCCAGUGGUGGAGGGCUCCCUGGGCAGUCCCCCAUUUGAGAAGCCUAAUAUUGAGCAGGGUGUGCUGAACUUUGUGCAGUAUAAGUUUAGUCACCUGGCUCCUCGGGAGCGGCAGACGAUGUUUGAACUCUCAAAGAUGUUCCUGCUCUGCCUUAACUACUGGAAGCUUGAGACUCCUGCCCAAUUUCGGCAGCGGUCUCAGGCUGAGGAUGUGGCUACUUACAAGGUCAAUUAUACCAGAUGGCUCUGCUACUGCCACGUACCCCAGAGCUGUGACAGCCUCCCCCGCUACGAGACCACUCACAUCUUUGGACGAAGCCUUCUCCGCUCCAUCUUCACUGUGACCCGGCGGCAGCUGCUAGAGAAGUUCCGGGUGGAGAAGGACAAGCUGGUGCCUGAGAAGAGGACCCUUAUCCUCACCCACUUCCCAAAAUUCCUGUCCAUGCUGGAGGAGGAGAUAUAUGGGGCAAACUCUCCAAUCUGGGAGUCCGGCUUCACCAUGCCACCCUCAGAGGGGACCCAGCUGGUGCCCAGGCCGGCUACGGUCAGUGCAGCAGUUGUCCCCAGCACCCCCAUCUUCAGUCCUACCAUGGGUGGAGGCAGCAAUAGCUCCUUGAGUCUGGACUCUGGAGGGGCUGACCCCAUGCCAGCAGGUGAGAAGAGGAAGCUUCCGGAGAACCUGACCCUGGAGGAUGCCAAGCGGCUCCGUGUAAUGGGCGACAUCCCUAUGGAGCUGGUCAACGAGGUCAUGCUCACCAUCACUGACCCUGCUGCCAUGCUGGGGCCCGAGACGAGCCUGCUGUCAGCCAACGCAGCCCGGGACGAGACAGCUCGUCUGGAGGAGCGCCGAGGCAUCAUUGAGUUCCACGUCAUCGGCAACUCGCUGACGCCCAAGGCCAACCGGCGGGUGUUGCUCUGGCUUGUGGGGCUGCAGAAUGUCUUCUCCCACCAGCUGCCACGUAUGCCUAAGGAGUACAUCGCCCGCCUCGUCUUUGACCCGAAGCACAAGACUCUGGCCUUAAUCAAGGAUGGGCGGGUCAUCGGUGGGAUCUGCUUCCGCAUGUUUCCCACUCAGGGCUUCACCGAGAUUGUCUUCUGCGCUGUCACCUCAAAUGAGCAAGUGAAGGGCUACGGGACUCAUCUGAUGAACCACUUGAAGGAGUAUCACAUCAAACACAACAUUCUCUACUUCCUCACCUAUGCCGACGAGUACGCCAUUGGCUACUUCAAAAAGCAGGGCUUCUCCAAGGACAUCAAGGUGCCCAAGAGCCGCUACCUGGGUUACAUUAAGGACUAUGAGGGCGCAACAUUGAUGGAGUGUGAGCUGAAUCCCCGGAUUCCCUACACGGAGCUGUCCCAUAUCAUCAAAAAGCAGAAGGAGAUCAUCAAGAAGCUGAUUGAGCGCAAACAGGCCCAGAUCCGAAAGGUCUACCCCGGGCUCAGCUGCUUCAAGGAGGGUGUGAGGCAGAUCCCUGUGGAGAGUGUCCCCGGCAUUCGAGAGACAGGCUGGAAGCCACUGGGGAAGGAGAAGGGGAAGGAGCUGAAGGAUCCAGACCAGCUCUACACAACCCUCAAAAACUUGCUGGCCCAGAUCAAGUCACACCCCAGUGCCUGGCCCUUCAUGGAGCCUGUGAAGAAGUCGGAGGCCCCUGACUACUAUGAGGUCAUCCGCUUCCCUAUUGACCUGAAGACCAUGACAGAGCGACUACGCAGCCGCUACUAUGUCACCCGCAAGCUCUUUGUGGCUGACCUGCAGCGUGUCAUUGCCAACUGCCGCGAGUACAACCCCCCAGACAGCGAGUACUGCCGCUGCGCCAGCGCCCUGGAGAAAUUCUUCUACUUCAAGCUCAAGGAGGGUGGGCUCAUUGACAAGUAGUCUCUGGCUUUGGACCACAGCCUUGACCUGGAAUGUCUCUACAUCGGGUUCUGAUCCAAUCUCGAGGGGGUGCCCCUGGUGCCUGGGUUCAUCUCAGCCUGAGACACUCCAGCCCUCGGCCCUGCAGCCCCUUCUGGACACCUGCAGCUCUGUCCCACUUUUCCUUGUAUCUGACCUUGGGGGGGGAUCUCCUGGGUCUGGGGCUCCGCCUCUCUAAAGUGACUGGUGGCUAGAGGCACAGCCUUCCUGGGGCCGUGGUGGCCUCCAGCCCUGUCCCCAUAGAGCCAUGGAGUCUUGGAGUCCUGGGCCUGGCCUGUCCCACUAUUUCCUCAAGGGUUGGGACUGCCAAUUUUAGCUUGAGGGAAGGGGCUUCAGCAUUUGAAAGUUCAGCUGGGACUGGGGGGUCAUGCCUCACCCUGCACUGUCUGUCCCCCAGGGGUGGGGGCCCUGGGGACCACUCAUUUCCUGGCAUUAAUCCCUCAGAGGGAACAAUAAAGUUCUUUUUAUUUCUCUGU